AUGGAAAACGAAGAGAGCGCAGUCGUCGGGCUCUCUGCGGAGAGAGCGACGGGGGUGUGUGGCUAUGUGGAGACAAAAAGCGGAACUGUCGAAGUCCCUUCUUUCUUUCCUCCAGAUGCCUGCGGCAACAGGUUCGUUGACGGGGCUGACGUGUGCUCUGAAGUUUGUCUCUCCCCUGUGAAGGCGCGUCCAGUCGUGUCUGUGGGGAACCGCGAAGAAGAGGGAGGCUGUCCCGUGAAAGGCCACAGAGACAGCACGGCGUCGGCGAGUACCCAGGCUUCCCAGGGCGACGGCAGACGGAGCUCUGGGCGCCUGGACGAUGCCGUGCUGUUCCGUGCUCUUUCCUCGCUCUCCACCUUCACCUCCUUCGACAGCCAGCGGCGACGCUUUUCUGCGGAGGGGCGACAGUCUUCACAUCUUCUUGCGCAAAUCGAAGAAGACCAAGAAGAGGACGAAGGCGGUCCUCGUCAAGUCAGUGGCGAGAGCAAGGCGUCGAGCGAAAAACGCGAGACGCCAGAGGAGGAACCUGCCGAGGAGUGCCAAAGCCUUUCUCAGCAAGGGAAGAGUCCAACUCCCGCUAGUCCCCUGUCGCGUGGCCCGUCUUCUUCCAGUCUGCCUGUACCGCAAGGCGACCUUGUUCGAGAUGUCAAUGCACGAGAACCGGGGGCGCCUUUGGAAGCUUCAGCGCUCCCCCUUUGUUCAGAAAAGGAGACGAAGGCGCAGACAGGUCCCGAGCGAGAGUGGGAAGAGCCGUCGCUCCCUGUUGUCUCUUUUCCGCAGAGAGACGCGUCCGAACCCCGACCAACUCCCUUUUCCUUUGGCCUCGGCUCCCGAGAUGUCCACCCUCUCUCUGCGUAUUCUUCCUCCUUCUCCUCGCCCUCCUCGCUGUUCCCUUCCUCGAGGCCAUCCCGGGGCGCUGGCGUCCCGGCCGAGGUCGAGCGGGCCUUCUCCAUAGACUGGCUGCAGGGUGACAAAGGGCCGUGUCUCUCGCAGGCGGGCGAAAACGUGUCCUCGCCGGAAGCAGACGCGUCUCUGGGUCUAGAUAGCAUCGACGGCACCCGCCAGUCGCAGCGGGCCCUUGGGCAUUCGUUUGCGGGCCUUUCGGGCUUGGCGCCGCCACCGGGAAUGACGCGCGAAGGCAGCCACGAGACAGGAGACAUGCAGGCUCAGAGCUCGUCGCGGGGCGAGCAAGACGGCGAGGCGAAGCAGGGGUUUUCCGAGGACCGGAAAGAAGAGGCGCAAAGUGGAGACGUGUUCACACGUCCAGGAGACGCAGACGGGAGGGGAGCCGGACAGGCAGAAAAGGAGCUAGACGUCCGUAGGCCUGUUGAUAACGGAGAAGUGCUCGGGGACAUGUCUCCUCGUGCGCGUGCGAGGCAGGCCCUAGAUUCCAUCGUGCGUCCACAGGCUUCCUCGCCUGCUCAACCGCAUUCUCCUGGGUCGGUUUUGUUCGAUGGCCUACCAAGUCAUCGAGACGGCGAAGUCCGGCUCCACAAGGCCCUGUCGUUCUUGCGUCAAAGCCUCGGGUUAGGCAAGAAGGAGAGUGCCGUGCUCCUGGACGUCCUCGUCGCCCUUGGCAUGGAGAGAGAAGAAAGAGACCCCCAGGAGAGCGAGAUGUGCGCCGAGGCUGGCCGAGUCGACGGCGUGCACAAAGAGAAGGGGGAGGACGGGCGCGGAAACGCGGGCAAAGACAGCGGACAAGACAAGAGAGCCGGACCGCAUCGAAAGCGCGGGGACGAGACUCUGGAAGCUCUCUCCGAAGGGCGGCCUGAAAAGGACGGUUUCGGGCAGGCGUCGCGCCAAGGAACCAUGUCUUUGUCGACGCACUCGCCGUCGCCGCCGUCGUCCUCUCCCAUGGUCUCGUCUCCUCCUUGUCACCCUCCGGUUGCCUUUCCGUCUCCGCCUCCGCUGUUCUCGUCGCCCUCGUCUCCAGGCCUUACGUUUCUAGUGCCUCAGCAGCCGCCCGGUCUGGGCGCAGAGAGGGAGCGGCGCGACACAGCUUCGGGGCGUGGUGCGUCGCCAGCAUGCUCGCUCGUCUCACUCUUCCCGUGUUCGUCGCCGUCCUCGCCCUCUUCGUCUGCAGCGCCUUCCUUUCCGCAGCCAACCUUGCAUCCGUCACCCUUCCCCGGCUCGCCGCCGUCUUCUUGCUGGCAUCCCGUCGCGCUUCCCACCUCACGCCUAGACGUCCAACGGGACACUGUGUCUCCGUCCUCGUUCUUCAUCAGCGAGGAGGAGCUGUCUCUGCUGGAGCACAUCGUGGCCACAGAGCGACAGAAACGCGAGACGAAUGCGCACUCCCAGGCGGGGCCGCAGUUGGACCCUUCCCUCCUCGAGCGCCUGCUUCUGUUGCGAGACAAGCCGUACAUGCGGCACACCGUCCCUCUGCACGCCGGCGUCGAGUGUGGGGUGCCUCCUGUCCCCGAAGUGCAGGCGUGUGGCGCCGACACGAAAGCCAGGGCUCCAGGCCCCGAAGGCUGCGCUGGGACCUAUCCCGAUGCUGCGCUCGUAGCACCCGGCGAGUUCGAGAGAAAGCGGCUGCUCUACCCUGUGACGCCGCACGACUUCACCCUCGCUUCCCCCCAUGUCCUCCCGCCCCCCUUCUCGUCGCCAUCGUCGUCCUCGUGCUGCCCCAUCUCCCAGAGAAGUCCGGGGGAUCUGGCCGGCGCUGUGUCCUCGGCCCUGUAUCCGCGCCACAGCUCGUCCCACGCCGCUCAAGGCAACGACGCUGGGCUGGGCAACGAGGCAGAGUCGAAGAGCGGGCGAGGCGGGGGAAAAGCAAAGGCCGAAACACACCGAGGCCUUGCUGUGCGCUCAGGCGCUGCGUGUGGGGGCGUUCCUGGGGGCGCCUUCUUCCCUGGUCCUGCGCUGCCGUCUCUCUCGUCUCCGCUCGACUUCUUGUCUCCUGAGGCCGCGCCUCAGCCUCGCCCCGGCGGACGCGCCACGCGGUCUCCUGUCUCCUCACUUGCCUCCGCGUCCCCGUCCGCUAUUGGCACAGGCAGCGCUACCGAUUCUGUUGCGGAGUCAAGAAGAGGACGGAAAAAGAGAGAGAACCGCCGAGGAAGAGGCUCAGGGCCUGCGUCGGCAGUGGAGGGAAUGGGCGCUGCAAAUGCUCCCCUUCCGCCCUCAUGUAGCACUGCUCUGAGGAACUUCCGCUUGGGCACAGUUUCCCCCUUCACCAUGCGAGAUAUCGGCGAUAAUGCUCUGGAAUUCGCCAAAGACCCGUUUGCGUCGGCCUUCCUACAAGAACAGUUGGAAGUUUGCUCUCUCGCAGACCGGGUUCCGGUUCUCCUGCAGUUGCUGCCGCACGUCCUGGACCUCUCCGCGGAUCAACACGGAAAUUAUGUGCUCCAAAAAUUCUUUGAAAAGGGCACUGACAAAGAAAAGGAAUGGCUAGCUGCACAGCUAACUGGACAUGUCUUUCGGCUGUCUCUGGAGGUCUACGGCUGUCGACUGAUUCAGCGAGCCGUGGAAUCGCUUCCCGUUCCCGCCCAGCUGCGUCUCGUUGCUGAGCUCAAGGACCAUGUGGUCACUUGUGUCGAAGAUCAGCACGGAAACCACGUCAUCCAGAAAUGUGCAGAGAGGCUGCCCUCGCCGUCGGCCCAGUUCAUCAUCGACGCGUUCAAAGGACAAGAAGCGCGCAUGAGUGUCCACUCGUACGGCUGUCGCGUGAUCCAGCGACUUCUGGAGGCCUGUCCGAUUUCCCAGGUGGCGACCCUUAUUGACGCUGUCAUGGCGGAACUGCGCAUGCUUAUCCGGGACCAGUUUGGGAACUACGUGGUCCAGCACAUUCUCGAGUUUGGUCGAGACUCAGACAAAAUGAAAAUCAUCGACUUCAUGUGCGAGGACAUCAUCCCUCUCUCCACAGAAAAAUAUGCGUGCAACGUGGUCGAGCGAGCUCUGACGCUGAACGCCAUGGGGUGCGCGCGCCGCGGCAUCAUCAGUGCGGCUCUGGGCCCUGAGAUGAUGGGACAGCCGUUGAAGAUGGUCAUGUUGGACCGGUACGGCAACUACGUCGUUCAGCGAAUGAUGGAAGUCGCCCCGGAUGACUUGCGGCCUCCGCUUCUGCGGCUUCUUCGCGAGCAUGUGGAUAUUUUGAAGAAAUUCACUUACGGCAAGCAUAUCGUCACGGCUCUGGAGCGCCUGGAGAGCAGCGGGGGAUCGGGGAGCUCCUCGGGUCCCGCCUCCCCUCCCUCCCUCGGGUACUCGACAGGGGGCAGCCCCAAGGGCGGAAAGGGAGGACGAGAAGUGCUGUCUCGGACGGUCUCGGCGCCUCUGUCCCUGUCGGCUGAUCCCCCCGCGCAGCUUCACCCCUCCUCUUCUUUCUCUGCCUCGACCAUUCCUCGUCCGAGAUCUGUCCAUCCCCCGCCUCCUCGAACGGAAGCGCCUGGGCGCCAGAGUGGCUGCGGCCCCGCUCCGGGGUCUUCGGUCUUGUCUGUGGCGGGUGAACCUCGCUUAUCUUCCUCGCUGAGUGCCUCGCCGGUGUCGGUCCCGCAGCCGCCGGCGGUGUCGCCUCCCCCUGUUUCCCUCGCGCCUCGGGUCCUCGGCGGGGGCUCCUGCACCCCGCGGGGCGAAGGCCUGCCUGGGAAGGGACGCGACAGGGGCCAGGGCCGGGAGGGCCAGCACGUCUCCUUCUCGGCGAGUGGCGUCUCCCGCGAUCAACCGGACAAACGGUUCGGGUCUCGCCAGGCGAAGCCUCUGAAGGGCGAGAAGGGGCGCGCGCAGCGAGGCGAGAAGAGCCGAGACCGGACUCGGCAGGAGAAGAGCGACGAGGCUGGGAAAUCGGUGCCCAGUCGAAGCGACGAAGGACGCGGCAAGUCGGGGCCGGGGCGGAUGGGCGAGGGCGGAGACGCAGUCUCGAAAGGGAAGCGGAAAGGCGACAGAGCCGACGACGGCCUCGGGUACUCCAGGGGCCAGCCGGAGAGACGGGCGGCCGGAAGUGCAGCUGCUGACAAGGGCGGGCGCCGAAGGGAGUGUGGGGCGGAGAAGACGCAAAGGAGUCAUGCCUUUGUCUCCGGAGCUGACGAGGCGCUGGGAACCAGCGGAGAAGAAGUCCCCAAUGCGAAAGGGAGAGGCGGCCGCGGGGGUGGAUCGGCCGCGCGAGAGGAGGAGUCGCCAGAUCUGCAGCAGUGGGUGUCGGGUGGACAAGCGUUUUCACGCCAGGCUUCUGCUCUCGCGGCUCUCCAGAGGUAUUUCUUGGCUUCCCUCUCUUCCCCGGUCCGCAGUCAGCCGCGAGCCCCCUCCGCCCAGUCAGGCGUUUCACAGGCCGCGGCUGCCUCGUCGGUCCCUUCUUUUCCCGCUGUGAGGGCCGAGGUCCAGCGGGCCUCCACCUUUGGGUCCCUCAGCGGCAACGCAGUGUGGGACAGUUCGUCCUCGGAGCCGCCUUCGACGCUGCCUUCCUUCUCCGUCUUCACCCCCAGCGCGUCGGGUUCGCACUUUGCUCGACACUGUCCCACUCCGCCGGGGAGGCCGUCGGUGCCUGCGGCGCGCGGGCCGUGCCCCGGCGUCCCGUCCAGUCCCGAGGCGCCGAGCGUGUUGUCGGAGGUCAUGGAUAUCGGCGCGGGCUCGGUGGGCGCCGGCGCUUUCGCGUGGCCUCGCAGAGAGCGGGCGAUGAGCGACUGCGUCCCCAGCAGCUUCUCGUCUUGCGGGCGCGUGGGGCCUCUCCCGCCCCUCCCCUCGGUCGCCAGAGACACCUGCUUCCCGCUGUCUGUGCGGCGCACAGGCGAACGGCGCGACGAGCGCCUAGCGGCCGUCGACGAGCGACGGAGACAGCCCGGCCCACCCCUGUCGCGCGCUCCCGACGCAGGUGCCCACGCGUCCACCAGUCAGUCAGAGCUUGUCGCCUGCCUCCACCCUCGCGAGGCUUCAGGGAAACAGGCUUCCGGUCUCGGGGAGUCAGCCGGCCGGAGACCAGACCCAGCGGGGAGGCCGCCCAUGCUCGAUGAAGAGGGGAGAAACACUGGCAACGUCCUGCCGCUCACACCCGAGAUGAUGAAUGAAGUGUUAAAAGCCUUUCAGCAGUACCGCCACCAAACGUAG